AACAUUGUUCAAUUAAUGGAAACAUAUGAAGAUAAAAAUAAAGUUUAUUUAGUUAUGGAAUUAGUUACAGGUGGAGAAUUAUUUGAUCGCAUAGUGGAAAAAGGAAGUUACACAGAAAAAGAUGCAAGCAAUCUAAUACGACAAAUUUUAGAGGCAGUGGAUUUUAUGCAUUCCCAGGGAGUUGUUCACAGAGACUUAAAGCCAGAAAAUUUACUGUACUUCAAUCCUGAAGAAGACUCAAAAAUCAUGAUAAGUGAUUUCGGUCUUUCCAAGAUGGAAGAUUCUGGUAUAAUGGCAACUGCCUGUGGUACUCCUGGAUAUGUUGCUCCUGAAGUUUUAGCUCAGAAACCAUAUGGUAAAGCAGUUGAUGUAUGGUCAAUAGGUGUAAUUGCAUACAUCUUGUUGUGUGGAUAUCCACCAUUUUAUGAUGAAAAUGAUGCCAAUCUAUUUGCACAGAUUUUAAAGGGAGAAUUUGAAUUUGAUUCACCAUAUUGGGAUGAUAUAUCAGAAUCUGCAAAAGAUUUUAUUCGACAUCUAAUUUGUGUAGACAUGGAGAAAAGGUAUACAUGUAAACAAGCACUAGCCCAUCCUUGGAUCUCAGGCAAUACUGCAAGUGAUAAAAAUAUUCAUGGAUCUGUCAGUGAACAGCUGAGAAAAAAUUUUGCAAAAACCAAAUGGCGGCAAGCUUAUAAUGCAACUGCUGUCAUUCGUCAAAUGAGAAAACUAGCAAUGUCAAAUACUGGAACAUCUAUAGAAAAUGCUAAUGAUCAUCCCGUGGCCAAUGAUAAAGCAGUUAAUUCAACUGUUGGAAGCACAGCAGGUAUUCAGACUCAGGCUACUAAAUAAAUCUUUUUCUUUGUCAGAGAAUCAGAGAUCUAAAAGCCAAAUCUCUAUUCUUAUGGAGUGAAGCUUUUAUUUAAAUAGAUAGUGCUUGUGGGAAAUUGCAAGUUGUCACAAUUCUCUUUUCUGCUGCCAACAUUUGAACUGCCCUAUGAGUGGGUACAGUGUGGCAGUUUUAACUACGAGCUGCAUUAAACAUAAUUUUAGGGCAAAGCAGUUUAGUAUAUAAUUUUGCAUUGUUUGGAUGUCUGGUUGGAGUUUACAAUGAAGAGGGAUCUAAAUGAUUUUGCUGUGUUAUUAUAGAUAAAUUUAUUUUACUAAUGUUUAAAAAGUAUUACAGGAAAAUAUUAAAUUAGUUUUAAUAUUUGACUAAAUUAACAAAAGAUAUAUAUAUUUCCUGAAAUUAAAAAUCCCAAAAAAUGCAUAUGAAAAUUUUUUGUAUGCUUAUCAAACUGUGGUCUUCCUGAGAUUAUACAAAUUAUUUUUCAAAAGUAUUAUAGUAUAAUACUUCCAAUUUGUUUCUUCCAUUAUAUAAUUAAGUAAAGAAAUUUUGGCAUUUAAAUGUUACAUUUUUAGAAAUUAUUCAACAA